AGAAGCCUCUGCCUCCCUUCCUGCUUGGGCCGCAGCCCUCCCCGCCCCGCCGACCACGGUCACACACUUGGAGCCUCCCCGUGAGCGGGAGCGCGGCGCACGGCGAUGCGCCGAGCCGGGCGCUGAGCGGCGCCGCUUGAGCUGCAGCAGAGGCGGCGGCUGCCCCCAGCCCAGCCCGGCGCUGCCGCCGAGCCCGGGCCACAAGGUGCGGAGGCACCCCAAGUUCCCGCCAUGAGCAGCUGGCUCGGGGGGCUCCGCGGCCCCGGGGACUCCCUCCCCGCCGAGCACGACCGCAGAGCCCAGUGGCUCCGACGCGCUUAACGCUGCCGCUCGCGGGUCCCGCCACCGCCGCCGCCCGUGUCCCCGCCGCCGCCUCGGCCGUUGCAGCGCCGCCGGCAGCAUGUCUCGGAGGAAGAUUUCGUCCGAAUCCUUCAGCUCCUUGGGGUCCGACUACCUGGAGACUAGCCCGGAGGAGGAGGUGGAGUGCCCCCUGUCUAGGCUCUGCUGGAAUGGCAGCCGGAGCCCGCCUGGGCCGCCUGAGCCCAGCGCGGCGACCGCCGCAGCCCCAGCCCCGGCUGCUUCUGCUGCCGCGGCCGCCGCCACGGCCGGGGCCAGGAGAGUGCAGCGCCGGAGGCGGGUUAACCUGGACUCGCUGGGCGAGAGCAUCAGCCGCCUGACAGCGCCCUCGCCUCAGACGAUACAGCAAACUCUCAAGAGGACACUGCAGUAUUAUGAACAUCAAGUUAUUGGUUACAGGGAUGCAGAAAAGAAUUUCCACAAUAUCUCUAACAGAUGCUCCUAUGCAGACCACUCCAACAAAGAAGAAAUUGAGGACGUCUCAGGAAUUCUUCAGUGUACUGCGAAUAUACUCGGUUUGAAGUUUGAGGAAAUUCAAGAAAGAUUUGGUGAAGAGUUCUUUAAUAUAUGCUUUGAUGAGAAUGAGAGAGUCCUUCGAGCUGUAGGUGGCACUUUGCAGGACUUUUUUAAUGGCUUUGAUGCUUUGUUGGAACAUAUUAGAACUUCUUUUGGAAAACAGGCCACUCUGGAGUCACCAUCUUUCCUAUGCAAAGAGCUCCCUGAAGGUACUCUCAUGCUCCACUACUUCCACCCUCACCAUAUUGUGGGGUUUGCAAUGCUGGGGAUGAUUAAGGCUGCAGGAAAGAAGAUCUACCGGCUGGAUGUGGAAGUGAAACAGGUUGCGAAUGAGAAGCUGUGCUCUGAUGGUUCAAACCCAGGCAAUUGUAGCUGUCUUACUUUCCUUAUCAAAGAAUGUGAAAAUACUAAUAUCACAAAGAACCUUCCGCAGGGAACUUCCCAAGUUCCUGCGGACCUCAGAAUUAGCAUCAACACCUUCUGCAGAGCCUUCCCUUUCCACUUGAUGUUUGACCCCAGUAUGUCAGUCCUUCAGCUGGGGGAAGGUCUAAGGAAGCAGCUUCGGUGUGACACUCACAAAGUGCUCAAGUUUGAGGACUGCUUUGAGAUUGUAUCUCCAAAAGUUAAUGCCACCUUUGAAAGGGUCCUGCUGCGACUGUCUACCCCGUUUGUGAUUAGAACCAAGCCUGAGGCUUCUGGCUUUGAAAAUAAAGACAAGGUGAUGGAAGUCAAAGGACAAAUGAUCCAUGUUCCGGAAUCAAAUUCCAUUUUAUUUUUGGGCUCUCCAUGUGUGGACAAGUUGGAUGAACUCAUGGGCCGAGGGCUCCAUCUCUCAGACAUCCCUAUCCAUGAUGCCACCCGAGAUGUCAUUUUGGUUGGUGAGCAGGCAAAGGCUCAAGAUGGCUUGAAGAAAAGGAUGGAUAAAUUAAAGGCAACUUUAGAAAGAACUCACCAGGCCCUGGAAGAAGAGAAAAAGAAGACAGUGGAUCUUCUGUAUUCUAUUUUUCCUGGUGAUGUAGCCCAGCAACUGUGGCAAGGACAGCAAGUACAGGCCAGAAAGUUUGAUGAUGUCACCAUGCUCUUUUCAGACAUUGUUGGCUUCACAGCCAUAUGUGCCCAGUGUACUCCCAUGCAGGUCAUCAGCAUGCUGAAUGAGCUGUACACCAGAUUUGACCACCAGUGUGGAUUUUUGGAUAUUUAUAAGGUGGAAACAAUAGGUGAUGCCUACUGUGUUGCAGCAGGACUCCACAGAAAAAGCCUCUGCCAUGCCAAACCCAUUGCUCUGAUGGCCUUGAAGAUGAUGGAACUUUCAGAAGAAGUGCUGACACCUGAUGGAAGACCGAUUCAGAUGAGAAUAGGAAUUCACUCAGGCUCCGUGUUGGCUGGAGUUGUUGGGGUCCGAAUGCCACGUUAUUGCCUGUUUGGAAAUAAUGUCACGCUGGCAAGCAAAUUCGAGUCAGGAAGUCACCCUCGGCGCAUCAAUGUCAGCCCAACCACUUACCAAUUAUUAAAACGGGAAGAAAGUUUCACAUUCAUUCCACGGUCUCGUGAAGAGCUUCCAGACAACUUUCCAAAGGAAAUUCCUGGGAUUUGCUACUUCCUGGAGGGCUGUUCUCAUCAUCUGCCCUUGUCUUCUCAUAUUACCUGCUGCUCAGAAGCCAUGCCACUCCUAGGAGCCACUUCCCUGACCCUAAGAGAACUGACAUUGAGUAGAGGUAAGAAAAUAUAAGCAGAGAGAGACUAAGAAGCUGUCUGUAGCAUAGGCAAGGUGGUUGCCACUUAACACAUGAUGAGGCUGAAGACUACCUUUUGUUAAUAGUUUGAACUUUCUGGAACUUAACUACAAGACAGACUGUAGUUAAGUGAUAUUGUGCUGAGGAAAACUAGAAAUGGUUUUGGUAAAGAAUUAGCAGUUUUUGACACAAUUGACCUUCUGCAUGCCAAAUAUUGAUUUGCACACUUUCCUGAACAAGUUGAACGCCUUCACGUCCCUCUGCAAGGGAGAUAACAUAGAGUUUCUUUCAGUUACAACAGCUGGCUCACAUCCAGAUAUGCUGGGUGGUAUGCAUUCAUCUCCAUCAACACAUGGUCACUUAGGAACCAAAACACAAAUGUCUGCUUUCUCCCUCUCUACCCGCACUCCCACAUAAAUAUAUGUGUGUAUUCCUAUUCAUAUAGAUAGAUGAGUGACAAAGACAAAGGCAUAAUUUCAAUAAAAAUUUUCAAGGGAGAAAGGGAAAACACAUUGUAAUUCUCCAUUUCACAGCAUGAUAGACAGGUAAUAAGAUGCCCUUGCCCUGGCUCAAGUCCCUAUGGGGAAUCAUUAUGACCUCCAGCUCCAUCUGUGGCACUUGUCUCCAUUGGCUGGGAUGGUCUUCCUUGUUUGUUCCAUACCAUGGCUGCAUGUGAAGUGAAUAUUAGGAAAUAUGCCCUCCUUGGGAGCUUUAUACUUUUCACAGACUACUGCUUGCUAGUAUAUGUUUGUAUGUUGAAGCAUUCAGUUUGACUCACUGGAUCAUUUUGAAAUAUGAUCCAGAACAUUAUCACAUUUGUCUUUAUUGUUGGACAGAA